AACCGAACUCAACGCUUCUUUGGCAGAAUAGAAAUACCCUAUCUAGAGCAAGUUUGGUUUCACAACCGUCACAUGAGUGGUUACUGCUGGCUACCUGUCACAUCACAUGAUUGUGUUCAGAGACGCUGCAGUUGUUGAUGGCGAGCUGUUUUCAUAAGGUAGUGUUCAAAAUUGCAGUUAUUCGACUGACAUUAAUUCAGGGAUUGGCAACCCUUCUCUGAAGUGCUUGGCUAAUGUGUUUUCAAGCAUUGGAUCCAGCUCUACUAUUACGCACCUGAUUCUAAUCAAAGUUCGUCAGGACCUUAAUCAGGUUGUAGAAUCAGUAAGCAAUGUCACACGUGGAGGUAGAAAGGAGGGCAGAUAAGGGUUCAUCGCUUCAGGGCGACCCACCACAGAAUACAGAGCCAAGCCUGACUGCAGAGGAUUCUCUGGUUAUGGAGGGCUCCCAGCCUGCAGAGGAUUCUCUGGUUAUGGAGGGCUCCCAGCCUGCAGAGGACUCUCUGGUUGUGGGGGGCUCCCAGCCUGCAGAGGACUCUCAGGUUAUGGAGGGCUCCCAGCCUGCAGAGGAAUCUGUACUUGUUGAAGAGCCCAUCAUAGUGGGCAGAAAGGCCAUAGAGAAACUGACUGAAGGCCUGCUGUCUCACUACCUGCCUAACCUCCACAGAUCCAAACAGGCUCUACAGGAACUCACGCAAAACCAAGUCAUCCUAUUGGACACACUGGACCAGGAAGUCACAAAAUUCAGAGAGUGCAACUCCCUGCUGGAUUUGAACUCACUGUUCACAGAGGCAAAGUUUUACCACAGUAAGCUGGUGAACAUUCGCAAGGACAUGAUAAUGCUGCAUGAGAAAACAACAAAAAUGAAGAAGAGAGCAUUGAAGCUCCAACAGCUGAGGCAGAGGGAGGCUCUGGAGAAGGAGCAGCAGAGGGAGAAGGAGCUGGAGAGAGAGAGGCAGCUGAUAGCAAAACCUGCUAAGAGAACAACAUAGCUCAAACCAUCUGUGACUACCAUGAACUCUCACUGCCAAUCACACAACAGAGCCAAAGACAAAGGUGUUUUCUGACACGCUUCAAAGGCUAAUAUCCCGAUCACGUAACUGGGGGGCAGUUUCCCCCUGCCAAUCAAGCCUUGCACUUUGAAUGAAGAAAUUCCAUUCAACUUAUUUUUUAGUCCAGGGUUUGAUUUUGGGUAGGUCAAGGAAAUCAAGCUGAUUGUACAGUAUACUUUUUUUCCUCAAGAAUGGCGCUAUUCAACAAUGGUUUGUGUUUGUUUUUUUAGACAGGAUUUGGUCUCUUUCAGAGUACUGCUUGUUGGUGGGUCAAUGAUGCGGUUCCAUUUGGAAACAGCACAAAACCAAACCUGUAAAAUGUCCUCACUUCAUCACAAACUGCGCACUAUUCUCAAUGAAGUUCCAUACUUUUAAACUGGGCUCAUUGGACUUUUCAAGGUUGAAAAGUAGUGCACUAAUUAAGAACAGGGUGAAGUUUGGGACACUUCCUUUCACCAUCUGCUAAUAAACUGGACCUUUCUAACAGUUAGGAAUGUAUGUAGCAAUUUAGAGCACUUGAGUUCCUGAUGUAAGUUGUUGCUUAAUAUGUUUUGUAUCCGUAAUUAAUAGAAUAGUCCAAAACGUUCUGAUUUGUAAGGAUGGCUGUGAAGACUAUUAAUAAUAUUCUGCAUGGUGCUGACACACCACAUCAGGCAAGGCCAGCUUAGAAUAUGUGAUCCGUCAUCAGGUACUGGUUAACUGUAUUAACAUGUUUUAUAUGCUGUUUUACUGUACCUCUAACCCUCAGUUCUCUUAGAUAAUCUUGAUUUAAUUAAAUUUGUAAUUAUGCGAUCCACUGCUUUGAGUAUUGGAGCAUUUUGAUGCUGUCUCAGAUUUUAUUCAACAAGAUUUGAAAUUAUGAUUAAUAUAAUAAAAAUAAAAGAAUCUG